UUGGGACAGUUCUUUCCUGCAUGAGAUGUGAUAUGUGGGGUAGCGCACAGCACGUUGCUGAGUAUUAGACCUUCAUGUAGGGAUUGAUAUGACUGACAUAUACUGUAGUAGAAGAGCAAAGCAAAAUGAGCGGUUUCAACUUUGGAACAAGUGCACCUGCUGGUGGUUUUAGCUUUGGAACACCAAAAAGUACUGCACCUACAGGAAGCUCCGGCUUUGCGUUUGGUGCAGUACCCGCCACUCCAUCUACUGGUUUCAGUUUUGGCAACACUACACAAACCGCUUCCUCAUCACAGCCCAGUGGACUCCUUUACUCCACUCCUGCUGCCUCUGCUGCACCAGCUUCUGGAUUCAGUUUUGGUACCCAGGCAACAUCUAUGCCUGCAGCUGGAUUGACUGGGAACAAUGUCCCUAAGCUGAGCUUAGGAAUUGGGACACAGCCGGCUGCUGGAAAUAGUAUCGGUGGAACCACACAGACUGCUCAGACAUCAGGUUUUGCAUUUGGAACAGUAACUGCUCAAGCACAACCAGCUGCUCCCAGUAUGGGGGGUUUCUCAUUCUCUGGUCCAGUGGCAACAACCAUUCCCCCUACUACAGCAGCAGUCGCUCCCACCCCUCAAACAGUGAACACUCCUUUGCAGUCUUCAGCAUUUUCCAUGGCACCAACUAUCCCUACAUCCUUUCCUACUGUUGUCUCUGUACAAGCACAGCCCAGUGCAGUCCAGCAGAGUUCCAGCUUAUUCUCAAAACCACAUGAGUCCACUUCAGCUUUGACGUCAACAGCGCCAUCUACAUCUAGCACUUCUUCGUCUCUCAGCUCCCUACUUGCAACCUCAGCACCAUCUCUUUUCUCAAUCACAACUACAGCUGCUUCAGCACCCUUGAGUGUCAAGCCACUAGCCACUGGAGCAGUUCAGACUAGUAUCUCUGGCUCUGUACUAGGUCUCAUUGUAAGUGCUCCUCCUGUGAUGACCUACGUCCAGUUGGAAAAUCUUAUUAAUAAAUGGAGUUUAGAGCUUGAGGAUCAAGAAAAGCAUUUUUUACAGCAAGCCACACAAGUCAAUGCUUGGGACAGGACACUGAUCCACAACGGGGAAAGGAUUACUUCAUUACAUCGUGAGAUGGAGAAAGUUAAAUUGGAUCAGAAGAGGCUGGACCAAGAACUCGAUUUCAUCCUUUCUCAACAGAAAGAGCUAGAGGACCUUCUGAGCCCACUGGAGGAAUCGGUCAAAGAAAACAGUGGGACCAUCUAUCUCCAACAUGCAGAUGAGGAGAGAGAGAAAACGUACAAGUUGGCAGAGAAUAUUGAUGCCCAACUGAAGCGUAUGGCUCAGGACCUAAAAGACGUUAUAGAACACCUCAACACAUCUGCUGGUCCCGGAGAUACCAGUAACCCGCUCCAGCAAAUAUGUAAGAUCCUAAAUGCUCACAUGGAUUCAUUGCAGUGGAUUGAUCAGAAUUCUGCUCUUCUCCAGAGGAAAGUGGAACAGGUGGCAAAAGAAUGUGAGAGCCGCAGGAAGGAACAAGAAAGAGGCUUCUCCAUUACAUUUGACUAAUCUAAAUAUGGCACCCUUGUUCUCUAGUUAAUGUAUUGCUGAUCUCUUUUUCUCUGUUUAAAUAAAUUUUGUUUUUUUGAGGGCUAUGA